CGCUGCGAGCGUGCAUAGAUGUUCUUUCCUCCUGGGAAGAGGUAAGCGACCCUCACGAUCAGGAUCGAUCUCGAGAAGGAUCUUCUUCUAGUUUGUGCCAAAGCCCGCGCUCUUACUUACGCUAACCAUAUUAACCAAAAGUAGACAACGUUUUCGGAUAGCGCUCGUUGCUCCUCAUGCAAGCGCGACGAUUUAUUUGCACUGCCACUACUGUAGAUUUUGCAAUUAUUUGUGUAUUCCUAGAAUACCUCCUUCAUCUUUUCGUUGCGACAACUACACAAGAAGAACCCAUGCCAGUUUUUGAGUUGUUUACUGCCUUCUUGGACCAGACGGGGUCCUUCCUACUGGGAGCGCACCACCAGCACGAGGAUGCAGCACAGCUGGGAACAACAACAAGUGAACAUGGGACCACGACGACGCGGGGUCAUCUUCUCAUGCAGGAGCUGCCAUGUGGAGCUGCUGCAGCUCCGGUACAGCAUCAGCACUGGCAUAAUUCUUUACCAGCCCCGCCGUUCUCCCACCAUAUCAGUACUAGGGGUGGAGCCACGUCGUUGGCGAUGCGUACAAGCUUUCUCGACCCGAAAAAUGGAAGUUGCAAAGCAUACGCGGAGGAAGGGGAUAUUCACACUUGCUACGUGAAUAAAAUACCGGCGGAUUUUUGGGAAAAGUCGGGCCAGGGUGCGAAUACGGUGGAUAUCGACAAGCCCGGCUGCCGGUGCCCAGAUCGAGUAAAGAUGUACAACGAGAAUUCCGAUGCGAAGGACAAACCUCUAAAAUGUGUAGAGGGGAAAUAG